AUGACGAUCUCUAGCGGUAUCACACCCGAUGAAAAGCAGAAGAUAGCUGAAUUACGAAAAUUUGUCAAAGAUGAUCUCACUGAGUAUUAUGACACAGACUUUAAUCUACUUAGAUGGCUGCAGGGUCAUGGUCAAUUAACCAUACCAGAGAUAGCCCGAAAGUUACGGCACCACCUUAAGACUAGAAAAUCCACAUGGGACUUGGAUAAUGUGCACAAUAAGGAGAGGACUCACCCUAUACAUAAUCAUUGGAAAUACGGUGUUACUGGACUUUCAGGUACACUCGAAAAUGUUAUAGUCAACAUAGAGCAGUGUGGGAGGACUGAUUACAAUGGUAUGAUGGAAUGUUUUUCAAUAUCGGAAUUCUUUGUACCGGUAAACCUGCCUUCAUUCGCGAUCGCUUUUUGGACAAUAGUUCGCCCACUACUACCGGAAAGAACAAAGAAUAAGGUACGAAUCUUGUCAUCAUCGAACUGGAAGGAUGAAAUUUUACAGUUUACUAGUAUCGACGCACUACCUUCUAUAUGGAAUGAUGAUGCACAUACUUUUCCUGCUCAUAUAGAGGUUCCUCAGCCAUACCCUAGGGAUAUGUAUUAUUCUAAUAAAGGGAUAAAGGUUUGCUUGGCUUUAUUUUCACAACUAUUUUGAUU